UUGUUACAGUACUUGGUUAGCUUGCGCUUUCGAGCCUUCCUUUGCUGAUUCUUGCACCAAUAGUCGCAAAUAGUUUUCCGGCAUAAGCACCCCUGGCCUGCAAUCAUUCCCGUGUUUUCAGUAAAUUUCAAUACGUUUUAUGCUAUGCGAAUAGGACUGAUUUGAUACACUUAUUUAAGAUAAAAGUGUAGAUUAACCGCAUCAGAAUGACUGUUCCACCAACUCCGAGAGUGUUCUACGCCAUCAUAUUGGCGAGUAUAAUUAAGGGAGCCGUUGCCGUGGAAAAUUACAAUCCCUAUGCCGGCCACUCUGCCGACUACCAGGUGCAACCGGGUCUGAAUUUGAAUGCUAAUAAUCUCUACCGCGGGGGUCCAUCGUACAAUUAUGCCUAUGGAGCGGUGAGAAAUCCGCAGAAAGUCUCCCAGUACACACUGGAUAAUUAUGCGUACGAUGAUAGUCCUGGCGCCGGAUACGGACCGGGAUAUUGGAAAGGUCAACACACAUAUAUCCCAAAAAGUGACACACCCAGCACCUGCUCGACAGCAACAACUCCCGCUUGCAGCACCAUCCUGACCACCGUCACCCGCACGCUGGUGAAUUCUGUCUGUGUGCGCACAACAGGGACAACCUAUACUACGUCUAAAGAGUCCGAGAAUACUCGCGUGAAAUCACAGAUUGAUACGACAACAUGCACUCCCGUGGCGAUUCGUACGCCGUCCGAAGGAGGCAAUACGGCUACUACGACCUCGACCAGUGUUCCUUGUUACACGACGGUGAUAACGCAAACGCAUUCCAAGACCAAAACGUGCACGAUUAACGUACAGGUGACAACGUACGGCCCGAAUGUAGGCCUUGACCCAAAUGGCACACCCAUUGUAUCGAACGCGGCUAUGCUGCUGCCUGUCACGAAGAGUGCCAGUUGUACUGUGUCGGCCUGGCCUAACUGAUUUCCUGACCAAAUACACGAUAUUGACGUAAAAUAAGUAGUUGUCACUCGAUAUCUAUAGUAGUAUUGUCAAUAUUAUGUCUGUUAGCUGU